AUGCCGAGCAUCACGGACGAUUACCCCGAGUAUAGUCGUACUUGCAAGCUCGACACUCUCCGAGCGACCGAGUACGGCUAUCUCGACGAGCAAGACCACAUCUAUCUUGAUUAUACCGGGGCGGGGCUUGCAGCCCGGACUCAGUUUCAAGCUCACAAGAGCCGUCUUGACGGCGCAACGUUUGGAAACCCACAUUCGGAAAACCCUACCAGCCGCGCCGCAACAGACCUCGUAGAGCGGGCGAGGCGGCGAGUCUUGUUGCAUCUCAACGCAUCCCCAGAAGACUACCAAGUCAUCUUCACGUCCAAUGCUACCGGCGCCGCAAAGCUCGUGGGCGAAGCGUACCCGUUUGCAAAGAGCUCGAGGCUUGUCCUCACCUCGGACAACCACAACUCCCUCAAUGGGCUGCGCGAGUACGCCCGACGAGCCGGCGCAAAGAAAACACGAUAUGUCCCCAUGCGGCCCAAGGACCUGCGUAUCGACACGGAAGCAGUCAUCAAGACACUGGGCCGUCCCAGGCCGUGGCCCUUGGGACGGCCCUCGAAGCGUCAAAGAAAGGGCCUCUUUGCGUACCCGGCUCAAAGCAACUUUAGCGGCGUGCGGCAUCCGUUGAGUUGGAUCAAGCUGGCCCAAGACCUCGGCUACGACGUGUUGCUCGACGCCGCGGCAUACCUCCCCACGAGCCAGCUCGACCUGUCCACCGUCAACCCGAGCUUUGUCAUUGUCAGCUGGUACAAAGUAUUUGGAUUCCCGACGGGGGUCGGCUGUUUGGUCGCUCGCCGCGAUGCGCUGGCCAGGCUCGCACGACCGUACUUUGCCGGAGGCACCGUACAGGCGGCCACGGUAGCCAUCCCCUGGCACACGCUGGUGUCGGGGGAAGGGGCCUUUGAGGACGGCACCGUCAACUACCUGUCGAUUCCAGACGUCCACGUCGGCCUGGACUGGCUUUCCACCGUUGGAAUGGACAUGGUUGCGACCCGAGUACGAUGCCUGACCGGGUGGUUCAUCGACCGCCUGCUGAAGCUCCGGCACAGCAACGGCAGCCCCAUGAUUGUUCUGUACGGACCGGCAGACGCAGAGUCUCGGGGAGGCACCGUUGCGUUCAACUUUGUAGAUGCCCGAGGAAAGGUCGUGGACGAGCGCCUCGUCGCCCAGGAGUCCAGCAGGGCACACAUUUCGCUUCGCACCGGCUGCUUUUGCAACCCGGGCGCGGGCGAGGCCGUCUUUGGCAUUUCCGCAAGGACGCUGAAGCCGCUCGUCCGCCAAAAGGGCGGCACAUUUGACGACUUCCUCCGCAUAGCACAUCUGCCGACUGGUGGCGCCAUCCGGGUGUCGUUUGGCAUCGCAUCCACGUGUGGCGAUGUCGACUAUUUCAUUGCUUUCGCGACAAAGACGUACAAGGACCGCGUGACUUCGACCGAGGGCUUGGCCCCGAGGCCGGGCUGUUGA